AAAAAAAAAGGCUGGCAAACGGCCUCAAGGAAGGCCCGUGGACUUUGAGAUGCCUUCAGAGUCGGUUGGCAGGAGGGGUUUAUAGCCGCCAACUUCCUGCCUUGCCCAAUCUUCUGUUUGCACAUUCGCUCGGGGGUCGUGGGGCUCUUCAGAAAGCUGACGUGCGGGACCACCUCUAUGGAGACCACCCCCGGCACCUUCAACGGCAGCGGCCACUCGCCCUCGUCUGAAAGGCAGGUCCUGCGGGUCAUCGUCCCCCUGCUAGACUCCCUGAUCUUCGUCGCCGGGCUGAUUGGGAACAUCCUGGUGCAGAGAGUUCUGAUCGGCAGGAAGAAGCAGCAGCGGAGAAACGGGACCAACAUCCUGCUCCUCAACCUGAGCGCGGCCGACCUGCUCCAGCUGCUCUGCGUGCCGUUCCACGCCACCUCCAUUGCUCUGGCCCGCUGGGUCUUUGGGGACUUCCUCUGCAAGGCCGUGAGCUUCACGGGCGUGGCGUGCUCGUCCGCCAGCGUCUUCACCCUGGCCGCCCUGGCCAUCAACCGCUACAUCACCCUGCUCCACCCCAGCAAGGCUUUCCGUUUCCAGCUCACCUGGUACUUCUGCACGGUGAUGCUCCUCAUUUGGGUGCCGUCGCUGGCCGUGGCGUCCCCCCAGUUUGCAUUCCGUGGCACCCAUGUGACGGACUCGGUCUACUGCUAUGCCUUCAUGACGGACGCCAGCCAGGUGUUUUACGCGUCCACGCUCUUCGUCCUGGGCUUCGCUGUGCCACUGACCACCAUCGUCGUUAUGUACUCCCGGAUCUACUGCUUCCUGCGCUCCAAGCGUGCCAGCGUGCAGAGUCGCCUGACCGACAGGUACCACACUCAGGUCACGCGCAUCUCCAUUCUCCUGGUCCUGGUGUUCACCCUUUGCUGGCUGCCCUCCUACAUCCUCCUGCUCCUCCUGGCCCGAGGAUCCGCACCACACGGGGCCGCCUUUCCCGUCAGCGCACAGCUGCUCGCCUUCUCCUCCACCAUCGCCAACCCCGUCCUCUACGUCUUUAUCUCUGAAAAGUUCCGCCAGGACCUCCAGAGGCUGGCACUGCCUGGCUGCUGCAGAGUGGGUGGGGUGCAGCCCUCCAGGACUGAGUUGGGCCCAGGGGUGCAGCUCUAAGAGGCACAUCUCCCCUGCAGAACGGGACAACAUGGCAAACCCCAUUGCAUUUCCUUCCUGCUUCUGAUUCGGAGCUAGGCAAGCUGCCACCUAUGAUGUUGGCACAGGGACACUAUGAUGAGGCAUCUGGCUUUCAACAGGAUGUGGAAUUAAAUGGUCAUAUCUGGACAAUACCCCAAAAUGGACAGCACAGCCUUUUGGGACAACUCCUGAGCCGUUCACUGAGUCACCACAGCUGGACCUUCGGAGGUGGAAACAAUAAAAGUCACCAAUUGUGGGUUCAAAAUCUGCUCCUGUGUGCCAGUGUGGUCUUCUUUGGUGUGCCAUCAGUGUAAGACCUGAGUCAACGAAUCAGACCCUCAAUACGGGAUUCUGCCCAUCCGCUCCUCAUGUUAUUCGCUCUGUCAGGACUGCACCUGCUGUUCGAGGUGGGCAGCGCCGACACAAAGUUUCUGUGCCCUCUUAACCUCCCAUGUAGUUCCAUGCAAAUCUUCCUGACCAGGCCGCGCUCUCUCAAUGGGAUUCUCAUUUAAUUCCGUCACAUGAGACUCCAUAGGCUUGCAAUCUUCCCAAUUCUGAAUCUGCGCCAGUGUGCCAGUGUCGUGUUCUAUUGUACAGUGUGACACCAGUGCAAGUCCUUGGCCACUUCAUUGUGUCACGGUCCCACCUGUUCCUCGCGCCUCACUAUCAGGCCAGGUCUGUUCACUCUAUGCUACUCAAGGUGGGCUCUUACACGGGCAGUGCCAACACACUGCGCCUUUAUGACCCCUUGAGUAGGUUGUGCAUGUCUUUGUGCCCAGGACACCUUUUCUGCCUCACUUUAUUACCCUGCAUUCUGUCACAUCCACCUAAACACAAAGUGUGGCAUCUAAUUCUGCACCCGUCUGCCAGUGUGGUCUUCUUUGACACGCCAUCAGUGUAAGUCCUGGGCCAACGAAUUACACCCUCAAUAAGGGAUUCUGCCCAUCCGCUCCACGCUCUGUGUUAUUCGCUCUGUCAGGACUGCACCUGCUGUUCGAGGUGGGCAGCGCCAACACAAAGUUUCUGUGCCCUCUUGACCUCCCGUGUAGCUCUUCCUGACCAGGCCGCUCUCUCUCAAUGGGAUUCUCAUUUAAUUCCGUCACACGAGACUCCAUAGGCUUGUUAUCUUCCCAAUUCUGAAUUUUGCCAAAUCCAGCUACACACAAAGCGUGGUAUCUAAAUCUGUGCCUGUGUGCCAGUGUGGUGUUCUACAGUACAGUGUGACACCAAUGCAAGUCCUGGGCCACCUACUUGUGUCACAACCCCAUCUGUUCCUCGUGCCUCACUCUCUGGCCAGGUCUGUUCACUCUAUGCUACUCAAGGUGGGCUCUCACACGGGCAGUGCCAACACACUGCGCCUUUAUCUAGAGUAGGUCGUGCAGGUCACCUUUUCUGUUUCAUUGCCCUGCAAUCUGUCACAUCCACCUACACACAAAAUGUGGCAUCUAAAACUGGGCCUGUGUGCCAGUGUGGUGUUCUUCAGUGGGUCCCCACCCCGUCAAUAAAGAUCACUAGAAAAGCAGACUACCGCAGUUCGGUGUGCCAGUGUGAAUGAGGGGCCUGACUGGGUGACGGUACCCAAAAUAGCAGAACGAGCACCA